ACGCUUGAAGCCGCAGUCUUCUCUUCUUCACACUUUCCUCACCGCUGCCGCCCCGCUGCUCCCGCAGUCAUGCGCAUCUUCCUUCUCUCAGGGCAGAGCAACAUGGCCGGCCGCGGCGGCGUGCACCACCGACGGUGGGACGGGGUCGUGCCGGCAGAGUGCGCGCCGGACCCCUCCAUCCUCCGCCUCUCCGCCGCGCUCGCAUGGGAAGAGGCCCGCGAGCCGCUGCACGCCGACAUCGACACGACCAAGACCUGCGGCGUCGGCCCCGGGAUGGCCUUCGCCCGCGCCAUUCUCCCGCGGCUGCAGCCCCCAGGCACCGCCGGGGUCGGGCUCGUACCGUGCGCCGUCGGCGGCACGGCCAUCCGGGAGUGGGCCCGCGGGGAGCACCUGUACGAGCAGAUGGUGCGGCGCGCGCGCGCCGCGACCGAGUGCGGCGAGAUCGAGGCCGUGUUGUGGUACCAGGGGGAGAGCGAUGCAGAGUCCGAUGCCGAAACGGCGGCGUACCAGGGGAACGUGGAGAGGCUGAUAGCAAAUAUCAGGGCAGAUCUUGGGAUGCCGCAUCUACCAUUCAUUCAGGUUGCUCUCGCAUCUGGGAAUAAAAGGAACAUUGAAAAAGUGAGGGAGGCUCAGCUUAGCAUUAACUUGCUGAAUGUUGUAACUGUGGAUGCAAUUGGUCUGCCCUUGAACGAAGAUAAUCUGCAUCUUACCACUGAAGCACAAGUAAAGCUUGGAGAAAGUCUUGCACAAACCUACAUCAGUAACUUUUUACAAGCAACCUGCUAGGAGACCCGCAAAUGUCAUGAUAGGGCUGUCCCAUCUUCAUUCCACGGCACAUAUGUUUGACAGUACCCUUGCAAGACUGUCAUGACAACCUUUUAUAUUUGGAAGGCAUUGUAACAUUUGCACAUCCACAGUACAAAGCGAAUAAAAAUCAUGUAAAUGAAAAUUUGCAUGGAUUCCAAAUGUAUUUCCUGUUUUAAGGUACUUCAUAAUGUUUUCCAUGUUUCUGCAGUAAUGAAAAGGAUGCAUUUUAUAUUUUCAA